GACCUAAAAAGUUUUGGGCUCACUUUAUUAGGGUUUGUAGCUGAGCUGCGGGAGCUAUGGACUCGCGCGAGGACAUGGAGCGCCUCAUUUUCUUCGAGGCGACGAGGGAGAAAGCCGCUGCCAAUUACGCGCGCUGCCCGGAGGAUGCCGAUAAUCUGACGCAAUGGGGCGGGGCUUUGCUGGAGCUAGCGCAUUUCCGGCAAGGGCAGGAUCAGCUAAACAUGAUCGAAGAAUCCGAGUCCAAGCUCCGGGAGGCCCUCGCGAUCAAUCCCAAAAAGCACGAGACGCUUUGGUGCCUGGGAAACUCGCACACCGCCCACGGUUUCUUGCUCCCAGACAGUGGCAAGGCCAACGAGUACUUCAAGAAAGCCAGCGAUUGCUUCAAGAAAGCCUUGGACGAGGAGCCGAAGAGUGAGCUCUACAUGAAAUCGCUGGAAAUGUCUGCAAAGGCACCAAAUGUUUAUGUGGAGCUUCAAAGACAGGUCCUGAGCCAGCAGCUCGGGAUCGGUGGAAGCGGCAGUGGCAGCGGCGCCAAUCUCUCGGCAAAGGGAAGGAAGAAGAAGCAAAACAAUGACUUCAAGUAUGACGUUCUCGGCUGGGCUGUGCUCGUCUUGGGUGUCGUCGCAUGGCUCGGGAUGGCAAAGAUCGCACCACCGCGCGCCCUGUAGUAAGCAAAACCUCUCAAACCGAGCUCACGGCGACACUCUCUAGCUAGUUUCUGGCAUCUAAUGUUUCUACGUCUAGGAAGAAGGAAAAAUCCGAUUGUUUUCGUUUGCGUCUAGCAGCAUUAGUCGUGAAUAAUUCCGACAAUGUCCUCGUCCCUGAAGAGGUACAAACUGGGAAUUUUCCAAUAGAUUUGUAGGAAUCACGUUAGAGAAACGUAGAAUGGAAAUGGAAGCUUACUUCUCAUCGUU